GAUCUUGCCGGUAUUUACGAUGAUUGGCUUUCUGUUCCUUACCAAAACCCUGACUACAGCAAUUGUGAUGUUACUAGUCUGCCAUGGACAGGCAUCAAGCAAUCAAGAUAACUGUCUAGAUGGAUGGACCUUGAAUGAUUCCUCUUGCUAUUAUUUAUACACUGACGCUAAAAGCAAGCUUGGAUUUUGGAAUGCCUUGAAAUGGUGCGAGAAACGGAACGCCUCUCUCACAAGUGUUUUAAGUGAAAAAGAAAACACUUUCUUAAAUCAUCUUAUCAAUAAAACAAAGCCUCGACCCAAGGAGACGUUCUUUAUAGGACUUCGUAGAAAAUAUAAUAGUAAUGUAAUAGGUUGGGUGGACAAACAGACCUAUAACUACACAAACUGGUACCGCAACCAGGAUCCCUCCAGCCACGAUGACAAAUCGAAAAAUGAGACAGGGCGACGCUGCGCUUACUACAAUCACGUACAUCAGUGGGAGAUUGACUACUGUAAAACAAAAAGACUAUUCAUCUGCAAACGGCUUAAGAAAGUGGAAGAAUACCCUUUGCCGAUGAUUGGGGACAGAAAUACAAAAGAGUCAUUACCCGAGCACACUCAGAGCAGCACUCCGUCACCGACAAAGGCUACGGAACCUUCAACAGGGAAAGAAACGUUGCAAUUGAAGGUGGAAGACGCCUUAAAGAAGUUGGAUGAAACACUGAAAUCAUUAGAGGGUGCAUCUUUGAAUCAAUCAACUGCUGGAAGAAUUAUGAAGGAAUUAGGAACAGAUCUGGACAGUAUAAUGAAUCCUGUAGGAAUGGCACAACCAUCUUUGCCCUUAGAUCAAAUUUCACAAGUCGUUCAAAAGGGUGAAAAAAUAGGAGAGGUAUUGGUUCAAGGAUUAAUGAGAGGGGAAGGCGGCAUAACUGAGCCGAAAAGUAUCCAGAUAAAUACUGAAUCUUUGGUACUCGCAGUGGACAUGUUACCCGCUGUGUCAUCGUAAAACAGUGCGGAAGCCGUAUCUUUUCCAAAAGAUGCUGAACAGACCAAUAACAUCAACUUGCCAUCGUCUCUGAUAUGGAGAGCACAGGAUCAAGAUGGAGUGUCUAUAGUCAGUCUACUACUUUCCAAUAUCAGCGUAACAGCGGAUCCUCAAGCACACAAUGUCCUGGACUCAGGAAUUAUGUCAAGCACAAUACUUUUCAACAAUGGGAGUAAAUUUAAUAAUUUGAGUCAGCCGGUUGUAAUAAAUCUGUCAGCUGUUUCUGAGGUGAAUAACGAGAGCUUACGGACGUGUGUAUAUCUCGAUCUUACCACUGACCUUCCAACUUGGUCUUCAUCAGGGUGCGUUGUUUAUGAGGUCAGCUCCUCACACACAGUGUGCCACUGUUAUCACAUGACAAGCUUUGCUGUUCUUAUGGAUGUUCAUGGCGCUUAUGAAGGUGAUGCUAUUUCAGAAAAGCACAAGACUAUCUUGUCCAUUGUGUCCAUUGUGGGAUGUCUGAUCGCUUUAGUUUGUUAUAUCAUCUUGCUGUUUGCCUUUUUCUUCCUAAGAAGGCGAUCAGAGACUUUAAACAUCCACAUGAACCUAGCCGCUGCUGAGGCUUUCGCAAUUUUCGUUUUUCUUAUCGCCUAUCCUGGAGCUCGAAUAAAAGCUGCUUGUUUCGCUUUUGCCGUUCUUCUCCAUUAUUUUCAACUGGCGGCGUUUUGCUGGAUGAUGGCGGAGGGAAUCAAUCUUCUCCGCGGUAUGGUGAAGGUCUUCCGAGUCACCAGCAAAUUGAGAACUUAUUUCCUCUUUGCUUGGGGUGCACCCGCUAUCGCUGUAGCGGUGACAGCAAGCAUCUCUCGCCACCAAUAUGUGAGGGAUGACUUUUGUUGGAUUUCUCAUCAAGUCAUAUGGUCAUUUGCUGGACCAGUGGCACUUAUAUUAUUGGUAAACGUGAUUGCGCUUAUUGUAGCAAUAAAAACUGUAGUUCAGAAGGCUCGCUACAAGGAAAGAUCCCCGAAAAAAUCAGGUGUAGAGCUCGAAAUGAGAGCGGCUUUUAAGACAUUGGUGAUUCUAGCUCCGCUGUUGGGUUUGACAUGGCUGCUCGGAUUCAUCUCCAUACACAACACUUCUCUUGUAUUCCAAUAUCUCUUUGCCGUUUUAAACUCAAUGCAGGGGCUCUAUUUCCUGAUAGCUCAAUACUGGUUUGAUGACGAGAUUAAGAAAAAUGCACAUCGAGCGUCCAACCGGGUAAAACGCCUUUUCAGCUUAUCAGGAACGAGAUCGACCAGCCCUUGGACUGGACCGUCCAAUGUGGACAAGGAACAGCGUGGUGAUCGCAGCGACAAGGAAAACCAGAAACAAUGUCCUCCCCCCCAAGAUAUUAAUCAUCAACAAUUGGAUUGCAAUCGAAACAAGAACUUAGAACAGCAACAAGAACAAAAACAAACAACAAACAAAGAACACUUUGAUGCUAUCACCCACAAACAACAACAUUCUGACAAAGAUUUUCCGAAUGAGAAGGAAGAAACUGCAGGGAAAAUGGCAAUAAAGGAACACAGCAUUGACACUUACCUUUAGCUGCAGGAUAUCAAACAAAUACAAUCAUAGAGUUAAAGAAAUUACCACGUUUCAUAAACCGACAAAUGAGUCGUUAUUUGUUUUUUAAACCUGAUAUAGCUUUUAAAAUGAAUGAGACAUUUUGAUGAGCUGUGUCAGCGGUUGUUGACUUGUCAACAAGAGCAUGCGUGGCAGUCUUGAGAUUUUUACAGCUUCCUAAACGCGUACUUAACGCUAUCGGGUUUGGUGCAAGGAAAUAGCUGCGGAAAGUACAAACGAAAUUCGCUCAAGAGUCCACGUGCAGUUAUUUCUUACAACAGUAAAGCGGCAUCUAGAGUUCUUUAGGAUUUUGUAAUUAGCAUCGAUUGUACAGAGUUUGCAAAGAUUACAUUAAACGCAUAAUUUGGUUACAAUUA